AUGGCUUCAAGCUACCCAAGCUUAAAAACUAAUUCGCUUGAAACUAGCAUGUCGGGAGAAAUAUUUUUUGACUUUGGUGUGAAGCCUGUUAAGAAACGUACAGCACAAGAUGCAGAAAAUAGAUCAGAGAAAACUAAACCAGCAAAUGAAAGCUCAGUGGAUGACAAAAAUGAGAAAAAAAAGCACCGCCGCAGACUUGACAAAAAUGUUUGGGAACGAACUGAUUAUGCAAAGGCAAGCAGUGUAGCAAAAAAAAGCCGAAAGAAGUUAAAACGUCGACAACGAACUCGAGGAAAGGGAAGUUGUCGAGAUAAAACGGAAAAGACAGAUAGUGAAACUAUGGAGGACGUGAUAUCUUUAUCGAGAGAUGACAGUACGGAAGAAGACGAACAAAAAGCAUUGCGGAAGAAGCGCAAAAAGCGCAAGAAGAAGAAGCGUUCUAAUGAAUCUAAUUCUGCGCUAGAAACUGAUACAAGCAAGAAUGCUUCCGGAUGCUUUCGUUCAGAUUUAUCAGCUGCACGUUUACCUCUCUGGAAACAGAAUUCUGAAAAUCCGCACAGUGGGGAACAUUCUAAUGUAUGGCUUGCUUCUGGUCCUGUUAGUGCUGCUGCUUCACCUGCUACUAUCGUUACUGCUCCUGCUGCUACUGAUACUGCUCCUGAUGAUUCAUCUACGCCUCUAGCAGUGGAAGAUAAUACAAAAACUGCUCGAUGUACUUCUUCAAUGGAAUCAGAUAUAGCAGAGGAAUUGUACGGUCCAAAACAAGCGGUUAAUUAUAAUGGCAUCUAUGAUGGAUCAGUGGACCCUGCUCUUCAUAACGUAGAUAUUUUUAAAGAAAUGCGGUAUUGGGUAGUAUUGCUAUUAUUUAUAAUCAUAGUUUUAAUUUAUCGUGCUUUCUUGCCUCCUAUUCAGUGUGAAGCCAAAUUCAAACAAGAAACGACAUGA